AUGCUAUUAUCACCUGAGCAGUUCUCUCGACUCAGCGAAUAUGCAGCAUACUCUCGGCGGAAGUUGAAAGAUAUGUUGAGCGAUUUUCAGCAGGACGGGAAGUUUUACUCAUAUCUUUCGGUUGAUGGACAGACUAUAAAUAUCGAUGGAUUCCGUGCGUUCCUUAUCGAUUACUUCGGUGCUGAUCUACCCAGUGAUCUCGUGGAUCAAUUGUUCCUUUCAUUUUCCAAACCACCCAUUAAAGAACGAAGAACAAGCCUAUUCGAGGAUGCUAUCUCCACAGUUAGAGCCAAAUUCACAGAUACAUUAUCUGGAAGAAUGACUGGGCUGAAUAUUGCUGGAGGAUCAGGACAACAGACUGAUAGAAGUACGGGUAGUGAACCACAAGCAUUGGUUUGUAUCCCAGAAGAUGAUGUAAUGGGACCAAAAGCUGCAACAAAUGAAUCCCAAGAGCCACGGAUUCCAUUGAAACCACUCAUUUGUACUUUAUCUCUUUUAGAAGCAGAUACUCCCGAAAAUAAACUUGAUGUGGUGUUCCAUGUCUAUGAUUCGGAUGGAAAUGGGUUCUUAGACAAGUCUGAAAUCGACGGAAUUAUUGAACAAAUGAUGAAUGUUGCAAGAUAUCAACAAUGGGAUACUAUUGAAUUAGAGCAAAUUAUUCGUCAAAUGAUGGUUGAUAUUGACUAUGAUAAUGAUGGAAUUGUAUCGUUUGACGAAUGGAGACGAGGAGGUCUCACUAAUAUUCCACUUCUAGUUUUGUUAGGUUUUGAUACGGAAAUGAAAGAGGACGGAUCCCAUGUGUGGCGUCUUCGUCAUUUCACCAAACCAACAUACUGCAAUGCUUGCUGCAGUAUUCUGGUUGGAUGGGGUGGAAAACAGGGACUCAGUUGUUCAUUAUGCAAAUACACAGUUCAUGAGAGAUGUGUCCGUUCUGCCGCUACUAACUGCAUCCGGACCUAUUCCAGCAGACAGCAAGACAAGUUAUACCAUCACUGGCAAGAUGCCAAUGCUACUGCCAAAUGUGUGAAAUGUAAAGCUACAGUAGGAGUGUUUCAAGGCAAGGGAUGUCGAUGGUGCCAUAAUUACGUACACCACCGAUGUAUGUCAGCACUUGCUCAAGAAUGUGAUCUCGGUGCUCUCGUCCAUCACAUCCUUCCACCGACCCACAUUUUCCCAGCUUUUCUCGAGCGAAAAACUUCAACUUCUCUGAAAAAUCACAAUUUCGGAUCUCACAGUGCCAGUCUCCUUCAAGCUAUUUCUCCGAGUAACGACUGUCGUCCUCUUCUAGUUCUUGUGAAUCCAAAAAGUGGAGGAAAACAAGGAGUGAAAAUACUACAGAAGUUUGAGUAUCUUCUCAACCCGAGACAGGUUUACGAUUUGAGUAAGACUGGUCCGGAGCCCGGUCUCCAGCUAUUCUCAACUCUUAAAAACUGUAAUAUUCUGGUUUGUGGAGGAGAUGGAACAAUCGGAUGGGUUCUCGAAUCAAUGGAUAAAAUGACAUUUCCACAUGGAAGACCACCUGUUGCAGUACUUCCAUUAGGUACUGGAAAUGAUUUGGCAAGAUGUCUCCGAUGGGGAGGCGGAUAUGAAAAUGAGAAUUUGCAUAAAAUAUUGGAACAGAUUGAAAAGUCAAGUCUGAUUGAUAUGGAUCGUUGGCAGAUUAAAAUUGAGAUUACGGAGAAUAAGAAUACGAGAAGGGCAAGUGAAAAAGGAGAUUCGCCGCCAUAUAGUAUUAUUAACAACUACUUUUCGAUUGGAGUGGAUGCCUCCAUCGCUCAUCGAUUCCACGUGAUGAGAGAGAAGUUUCCCGAGAAAUUUAACAGUCGAAUGCGUAACAAACUGUGGUAUUUCGAGUUGGGAACGAGUGAGACACUUUCUAGUUCUUGCAAGAAUCUUCAUGAACAGAUUGAUAUUCUGUGUGACGGUGAAUCCAUCGACCUUGGUCAAGACGCGUCACUUGAAGGGAUAGCACUUCUAAAUAUUCCAUCAAUCUACGGUGGAUCCAAUUUAUGGGGAAGAAGUAGAAAGUCAAAGUCACGGAUGGGGUUAUUCCCAAUGAAAAAUGCUGAGAAAAUGCAAUUGCAGACGAGAGUUCAAGAUAUUGGGGAUGGACUCAUUGAGCUAGUCGGGUUGGAGUCUGCAAUGCAAAUGGGGCAGAUCAAAGCGGGUGUUCGUGGAGCAAGACGUCUUUCUCAAUGCUCUACAGUUGUUAUUCAAACCCACAAAUCGUUUCCAAUGCAAAUCGACGGAGAACCAUGGAUGCAACCCCCUUGUAUCAUUCAAAUAACUCAUAAAAAUCAAGCAAAGAUGCUUGUCGCUGCAGCUCCGCGGAAACGAAGCUCAUGGAUGCUUCUGAAACGGCAAUCCACUAAUGAUGACAAUUAA